AUGACGGAUGAGGAACGCCGCCGUGUUUGGGAGGAGGAACAAAAGACAAAGAAGGUAGUAGAGACUGGGCUUAAAGGCCAUGUGAAGUGGUAUUCCGUUCUUGGCCAUUAUGGCUUUAUCUCACGUUCGGAUGGUAAACCGGAUAUCUUUGUGCAUCAGAGCGCUAUCGCAAAAUCACAAACGGAGAAGUUCUAUCUGCGCACCUUGGCUGACGAAGAAGAAGUUGAGUUCGACAUUGUCGAAGGACGCAAAGGUCCCGAAGCUUCAAAUGUCACUGGACCAAACGGUACAAACGUCAAAGGAUCCAAGUAUCAGAGAGUUCUCCUGUAUCGUUUCCGUCCUAACAGACGUCGUGUCCAGCAUGAUGAAGACGGUGAGAAAAAGGUUGACGGCGAGAAUCAGACCAACGGUCAGACUGAAGAGAAAAAGACCGCCAGAGGACGAAGUGAGUUCUCAAUGUAAAG